AUGACCUAUCACCAGCAAAAAGGAAGUGUUAGCCGGGACAUAAAGGAAACAGAGCAUACACUCCACAUGUACAUGUUCCAGAUAGGGGAAGGACGCCCAAACGGCAACGAAAAAAGCAUUGUUUAUCCCCAGAAUAACAAACCCCCGAUCAUGUUUGGUCGCGUCGUCGCUGUUGACUGGGCCAUACGCGAUGGCCUUGACCAAAACAAGGCCAGCAUUGUGGCCCGUGGACGAGGCUUUGUUGUCGGCAACAGCAUGACCACCCAUGGUUACUUCCUCUCUCUCGACAUUCUCUUCACCGAUGAGAGGCUCAAGGGGUCAAGCCUUAAGGUGCUUGGAAGUUACGAGAAUCAGACCGACAAUUCACACUUGGCAGUCGUCGGCGGGACCGGGGAGUUUGCGUAUGCACAAGGUACUGUGAGUUACAAAGAGGUAUCUAAUACAGGGGCAGAAAUUAUCAGGGAGGUCCAUAUCUGUGUCUUCAGCCGCAACAUCCCAAAACAACCAACGGUAACGACUCCUGCUGCUACCAAGGAAGGACCAUUGGGUGGCAAUGGAGGGAAUGCUUUCGACAUCCCAAAUCCACCACAACGCAUAGAGAGCGUGACUAUUCGAAGAGGCGAUGUCAUUGAUUCUUUUGCUUAUUCUUACAUUGACCAAGCUGGUAAGAGGCAGACCGCUGGUCCUUGGGGUGGCAAUGGUGGCAAUCCGGGAGAAUCGAUUCUUUUUGCUCCAUCAGAGACACUGAAGAAAGUUAUUGGAACAACCGGUGAAUUUCGAGGAGCCACCGUUGUAACAUCACUUACCUUUGUCACCAAUGUUAAGACAUAUGGACCAUAUGGAAAAGAAUACUCAGUCACUUAA